UUUUAUGCACGGAAAAUGAUCUUAUGCUCUAACAAUUAACAAAAUUGUUUCGUCUUCUUUCUCUUGUCUGCUAUAAAGUUUUCUAGCAAUUCAAGAUAAACAUGAGUCGUUUCUCUUCUUCAUCAACACCCUACAAAAGGCUAGAAGGGAAGGUGGCAAUUAUCACCGGCGGUGCGAGCGGGAUCGGAGCAAGCACGGCGCGUCUAUUCCACGCAAACGGAGCGAAAGUCAUCAUCGCCGAUAUCCAAGACGAAUUAGGCCGGUCCACGGCGGAGAAGCUCGGCGAAAACGCCUAUUUUGUCCACUGCGACGUGUCGAAGGAGGACGACGUGCGCGACCUCGUCGACGCCGCCGUCGCGAGGCACGGGAAGCUCGACAUAAUGUACAACAACGCCGGGGUUCUAGACAAGCCCUUGGCGGGGAUUCUGGAAUCAACCAAGUCGGACUUGGACAAAGUGGUGAGCGUAAACGUAGUAGGCGCAUUCCUCGGCGCCAAACACGCGGCGAGGGUCAUGAUCCCUCGCCGCAAGGGGUGCAUCCUCUUCACGGCCAGCGCUUGCACGUCCAUCGCGGGGCUCUCCAGCCACCCGUACACGGCGUCAAAGUACGCGAUUUGGGGGCUGGCGAGGAACUUGGCGGCGGAGGUGGGGGAGUUCGGGGUGCGGGUGAACUGCGUGUCACCUUACGCCGUCUUGUCGACGGGCAUGACGCCGAUCAGCGGGGGAGCGGCGGAGGUGGCACAAAUGGAGGAGAUGGUGAGCGAAAUUGGGAACCUUAAAGGGCAUAUCCUAAAGGCUGAAGAUGUGGCAAUGGCUGCCCUUUUUUUGGCUAGUGAUGAGGCACACUAUGUGAGUGGGCUUAACCUUUUGGUGGAUGGUGGGUUUAGUGUUGUUAAUCCUUCCCUUCCAAGGCCGAGCUUAUAAUCAUAAUUAAUUACUAAGUUAAGUUUGUCUAAUGGUAAAAUAUCGCUCUGUUUGAUCCUAAUAAAAUGUAUUUUCUAUAUGUAAAAGAAUAUCUUAUGAUAUGUAAG